AAAUGGUAGAAGCAGUAGUUAGCAUGGGAGAGUAGUAAAAAUGUCAACUUUACAAAGUAGAGAAGAGAAGUGCAGCAGGAGGUUGGUGGGGAACGAGCUUGGCGGAGCGAUCCGGCAGGAAGGCGCUCGAGCGGAACUCCGGCGGGAAGGAGCCUCCGAAGGGGCUCAGGCGAGCUCGACUGAGCUAGGGCAUCCUCAAAGCUCGGAGAGAGCGACGGGAGGUCCGACGAAAUCCAUGUAGUUGGGGCGACGGAGAGAGAGCUGGCGGAUGAUGCGGAGAAGGCAGGAACCGACGCCCACUUACCGUUACGCACGGGUCGGGCGAACCAGGAGCUCGGAUCGGGACGAAAUGGCGAACCCAAAACCCGCAGGGUUGCGGGUAGUGCAGAGAAGGGCGGACCCGAGUCCGUUUGCCCGCCUCCCAGGCGAUUUGGACCAAACAAGCCCACCCGAGGCCCUCAAGGCAACCGGAUUGAACCCAUCAGGCCUCAUUCCUAUUUUUGACAAAUUGCUGUUAAGUCCUCUUAGGAUAGUUUAAUUUCAAUUUCAGUACAAGUUGUAUAGGCUAUAUAUAGUUAGCAGGAUGUAAUUCGCAGGGUAUCAAUGAAAAUGAAAUAGUCUAUUUCUCCCCCAAAGGUUCUUCUCCAAACCCUUCUUCUUCUCUAUCUUCUAUCUCUAUCCCAACUUUUUUCCCUAACCCUCACCUCUCAAUCCUCAUCUGCCUAUCUCUCUACCUCUAUUUCUCUUCUCUCUAUCUCAAUCCCAAUUUCUAUCUCUAUUUCCUUACCUCUCUAGCCUCGGUACCGAUUACGUUACCUCAGAUCCGCGACCAGAAGCACCAAGAACAGCAAUAUACAAGCCCGAGCCAUAAGGGAUAUUACAUGCUCGAACCACUUUUAAAGAUCGAAUCGAGAAGCGAAAUUCUUUUAAAAAAAAUCCAACAAAAAUCGAAAGAAAUGUUUCGAGCGACCCAUUUCCCCUCUUUCUCCUCCUCCUCUUUGCGAAUCCCACUCCUCUCCUCUCUCCCCUUCUCCUCCUCCCUUAAACCCUACUUCGUCUCCUCCCUCUCUACGGCCCCACCUCAAAUCCCACGCUCUUCACGCCCCCCAAUUGGAAACAAUUCCACUUCGCGCUUCUUUAGGCGGAGCCCCUCCAUUAUGGCUAAUCCGAGGGUUCGAGGAAGAGCUCUGUUCAGUGGUGGAAGUAGUAGUGGAAGAGAGAAUAAAGAGCUUCUGGUUCAGCAUCUGCUUGUUGGUGAGGAUAAUCUUAAGCUUUUGGUGGAGCUCCAACAACGGAUUUCGGGAGGAGUAGAUUUGAGCGAUUUGGCUGUGGAGUAUUCGAUAUGUCCGUCAAAGGAAAAUGGUGGAAUGCUCGGGUGGAUCCGAAGAGGGCAAACGGUUCCAGAAUUUGAAGAUGCUGCGUUUAAUGCUCCUGUAAACAAAGUUGUGCGUUGCAAGACUAAAUUUGGAUGGCAUUUGCUGCAAGUGCUCUCAGAGAGGGAAGAAUGUAUACUUCAAGAUAUCGAGCCACUGGAGCUUCACUCCAAAAUGCAAUACCCUAGUUUUGUUGAGGAAGCUCAGUUGAUUGAUGUCCGAGAGCCUGAGGAAGUAGCUCAAGCUUCUCUGCCGGGUUUUAAGGUUCUUCCUCUCCGACAGUUUGGAACAUGGGGAUCAGUAAUUAUGGAUGAGUUUGAUCCUGAGAAGGAUACCUAUGUUUUGUGUCACCAUGGUGUGCGCUCGCUACAGGUUGCUAAAUGGUUGCAAACACAGGGAUUCAAGAGAGUUUUCAAUGUAGCAGGGGGAAUUCAUGCGUAUGCAGUAAAAGCCGAUUCUUCCAUCCCUACCUACUGAGAAUUCUCUCGUCGUGCGACCGUAAUCAACUGUAAUUUGUUUGUACCGUUUCCGUCCGCUGUUUAGACUGUUUAGACUGGCUGGUUUUGCGAGGCUAAUAAUUUUCGGUUUUCUGCGGGUUUUCGUUUCUUGUAUACAUGUCAGAUAGAGUGUGUGUACUCUCUCAUUUUAGCCAAAAAAAAAUCUCAAUCUUCCUUUGAAUUUUA